UAGAAGACUGCUGCAGCCCGUCCAUCUUUAGGUGGUGGGAUUCCCCUCCUGGUGGGGUUCUAGUGAUGGAGAAGAAUGAUGAUGAGGAGUCACCUGGUGCAACAGGUGGUGAAGGGGAUGGAAGAGACACCACACCUGUUCACAACACUGGUACUCCUGAUGGUAUGGCAGCACUAGGAGUGAUGCUACAAGGCUUCAUGUUAAAUCAACAGCAGUCAAUGCAACAGCAACAGCAGUCAAUGCAACAGGCAAUGCAAUCCAUGCAGCAACAGAUGCAGCAGCAGAUCAGCCAGCUACAGGAGGAGGUGCAGAAAGGAAAGACAAAGCAACAGUGUGUUGUGACCCCUCUACCAGCAGCAAACCCAGACACUCUGACAAGACCAGCUCCUCAGUCUCGAGACCCAGCAGAGGAGGUAUUAGGUGAACACGUUGACAAGAAGGAGGAGGCAGCAGAGAUGAAAUUGGAAGAUGUCCAACAGCCUUUGUCCGAUGAGGAGCCAAAACCAGAGACUGAUGGCUCUUCAGAAGGAAACAGAGAAACAACCAAAGGUGCAGCAGGGGAGGUAUUGGGGAAUCACAAUGACAAGAAGGAGGAGGCAGAGAGGCCCCAUCCAGAGAUUCCAUCUCCUUCCAAACCACUGAAGGGCUGGGAAGAGAAGAUUCACCAGGGAGAACAAGGAAAACUAAAAAAUAUUGAGCCAGUGCCAAAAGCCAGAGAUGAGUUGAAGCCAAAGAAGGAGGGUUCCUCAGAAGAAACAACACAAGGACCUUGUCUCAAGGAGCUGUUGUCCAAGGCUGGACUAGAAGAUCAUUAUGAAAACAAGCUGAUGUUAAGUACUGUCCUUGAGAUAAAUGCUGAUACUACAUCAGAUGAACCUCUUACCACUAUGCAGUCACUUCCAGGGGCCUUCAUGAAGAAAUUAAUGAUGGCAAAUGUGAAUGCUAGGAGUGUUAAAUGUCUGACCACUGACCAGGAGGUUUCCUAUUGUGGAGUAGACAACCUGGACACUGACACUGAUAGUAGCGAUGUAAUUAAUCCACUGGACCUGAUAACUGCCCUGUUUCUGUGUUCAGAUGGUUUCCUGCAGCAGGAGAUGGUCCAGAAAAUGUCCAUGUGUCAGUUUGCUGUUCCUCUGCUGCUGCCCAACUGUGACACAAAACAAAGCACUUUGAUGCUGUGGGCCUUGAGGGACAUAGUGAGGAAAUUUAGACCCUCUUCCCAAAUGGCCACAAAUGCUUUUGUGGAGGAGAGAAUAGUUCUCUCUGAUAUUCCUAUGGUGUCUUUUGUUAGGUUAGGACAAAGCAGCUUGUCCAAGUCUCAGAUUUUGAACAAGUUGCUUAGUAACCCUCAACAGUACCAUGAUACAUUUGUUCAUCAUGAUAUGGAAUGUGGCGAUAUCCCUCGGCAAAUCUCAGAUGGUCUGGUUGAAAUCAGCUGGUACUUUCCAUGUGGGAACAGAAACAUAGACAUGUUCACUAAGCCUGUGGCUGUUGCCAAUCUCAGAGGAGACAUCAGGUCAUUUGAAACACAGUUCUCCUUUCUGUGUCAAACAUCAGCUGCAGUUUACAUUUUCACUGAUGACUUAGAGGCAGAUUUCAAGGUUUUGGAAGCAGAAAUCACAAAAGCAGAGUUAUUUCUGGUUGUCAACUCUCAGAAUAAAACAUUCAGGGUGGACACAUUGAAGAAAAUGAUCACAAACUACAGUAUCAACCCAACAAAUGUGAUUGUGAAGAAGAAGCAGAAUGAUGCAGAAUUUGUCAAAACCCUGCAGUCCUCUGUGGGUGACAUCAUUGAAAAAAGUAUAAACAGAUUGACAAUUGAAAACAUGGCUGACGUGGCUCAUCAGAUGGGGAUUCUGGUUGAUGAAGACGGUGACUGUCAGAGUGCCAGAAAGAAGGCAGAAGAAAUCACCAGUAACUUCAAAGACACAAUGAAAUUCAAACAUGAACAGCUACCCUUACAAGGAACAAUCUGGAAAGAGCUUUCCCAGUUGGAAAAAGAGAUGUGUAGACUGAGAAAAGCAGGAGAUAAAGACAUUGAACACUACAAGAGCUCUCUGAAGAGGAAGGAGAAAGAGCUGAGAGAGAAGCAAUAUACAUUUGACAUGUCAGAUUCAAUGGCAAGCUUCAUUUUAGGAUUGUCAAGUUCAGGAGCUGAGCGUUCCUAUUUCCUCAAAUGGAUGCGGAUAAAUCUGGACAAUCUGUCACGUCAGAACCUGUCUGCUUUGCGGGACCAGUACAAAGAUCUUUGCCAACAUUCUCCGGAGAAAAAAGACGACAUUAAAGAUUUGGAUAAGCAAUUAUCUGACUGUUCCUUGGGACUUGAACACUUCCUGCGUGAGUUGGGCCAGUUAUAUGAAGCUUCCUGCUCCCUUCCUGAAAGUAGCCUACAAAGGAAACAGAUGGAGCAUCUCCCUGGAUUGUGUGCUCAGAUGCUGUUGGAUGGUUUCCCUGUUGAGCUUGUGGAUGGAGAUGCAUCAAAUAUCCCUCUGAAAUGGAUUUCAGCUGUUCUGACUCGGCUUCAUACUCUUGUCCAAUCCAACAGCAAGAUCCGGGUGGUCACAGUUUUAGGGGUCCAAAGCACAGGGAAGUCCACUCUCCUCAACACCAUGUUUGGGGUCCAGUUUGCUGUCAGCAGUGGAAGAUGCACCAGAGGGGCCUUCAUGCUGCUGAUUAAAGUCAACAAAGAACUCAAGGAGGAGCUGAAAUGUGACUUCAUCAUGAUCAUUGACACAGAGGGGUUGAAAUCACCUGAGUUGGCUCAACUAGAUGAUAGCCAUGAACAUGACAAUGAACUGGCAACACUGGUGAUAGGACUCAGUGAUGUCACUAUCAUCAACAUUGCCAUGGAGAACUCCACAGAGAUGAAAGACAUUCUGCAGAUUGUUGUUCAUGCUUUUAUCAGGAUGAAGGAAGUGGGGAAGAAGCCAGUAUGUCAUUUUGUGCAUCAGAAUGUGUCAGACAUGUCUGCUCAUGACAACAACAUGAGGGACAGGAAGAAGUUGUUGGAACAGUUGAAUGAAAUGACCCAGGCAGCAGCCAGAAUGGAGAAGCAGGAGAAUAUCACCAAGUUCACUGAUGUGAUGGAGUAUGAUCCAGACACAAGCAGCUGCUACAUCCCAGGACUCUGGCAUGGGACUCCCCCGAUGGCUCCAGUCAAUGCUGGAUACAGUGAGGCAGUAUACGGCUUCAAGAAGACCUUGAUGAAAGAUUUCAUCAAAUGCCAGAGAAAUGAUGAUUUGACACAUUUCCUGAAGUGGACACAAAGUUUGUGGAAGUCUGUGAAAUUUGAGAAAUUCAUCUUUAGUUUCAGAAACAGCUUGGUUGCAGAUGCAUAUUCCAAAUUAUGCUCUGAGUACAAUGGUUGGGAAUGGGCCUUCCAGAAGGAGAUGUACAACUGGAUGAUUGGUGCUGAAACAAAAAUUAACAAUAUUGGCAUGACAGAUCAAAAUCUUGGGCGGUCCAUAGGAAAUGUGCUAAAUGAAUUGAUGGCAGAGGCAUCUGAGAAACUGUCAUUGGGAGAAAAGGAAAUCCAAGACAAUCUAGUAAAAUACUUUGAAAAUCAAGAUGGCCAUGUUAGUCUGGUGGAAAAAUACAAGGAGGACUUUGUGUCCAGUGCCAAAACACUGAGACGAGAGACAGAAAACACAGUGAGAAACAAACUUCAAGGAGCUGUUGAAAUCAAAGAGGGAAUGACAGAACUGGACAACAUCAAGAGUUCUCAGGCAAGUACAAUGGAAAAGAAGGUUCUAGAUUUGCUUCAGAAUUGUAGACAGAAAAAAUCUGUUCUUUCAGAUAAGGCACUCAGUAAAGAGUUUGAAAACAUGUGGAGUAAAACUCUGUCUGAGAUACAUUUCAAAGGACUUCCUAAGCGAGAUGUUUCCCAAGGUGCCUUUAUCAUGUUGAGAGGAAAUCUGUCAACACGGGGCAGUCAUGUCAACAGUCUGUUGGUUGGAACCAGACUGGUGGAUUGUGGGAAGGCAGCCUUUGUUGUGGAAUCAGGGGGUUUGUGGGAGAAGACUAAAGGCUUUAUGGUGCACAGGGAUCAUGACCAUCGCAGGAAAAAGCUGCAAGACUUCUGUAAUGACAUCAUAACACAGUGUCAGGAUUUUAUAAGACAGAAGGUGGAGCACAAAACAGAUUAUCAUGACACUAACAUCAAAGAACUUCUUAACAAGAUUGAUGAAACAUUGCAGCAACAAAAGAAAAUGAAAGUCGGUGAUGAAUGUGAGGUUUAUCUGAAGCUACACAUCUGUGGCAUAGCAGCAAGACAGUUCCAAAAGAUGCAUGAUGAUUUCAUUGCACUCAAUGACCCAAGGAAGUGUCUGGAACAGUCAAAGUACAACUACUAUACUGACUUCAUGAACUUGUUCCAUGAGCGAGACCAGUGCCAAAAGAAAGCUGAGGACUUCACAAAGCUCUGUUUGCGGCCAGCUGUAGAGGAAUAUGUGACCAAAAGGAUUGGUCCUGAUGUGGUUGAUGAAGUGGUGACCGGUGAAGGGUCAGAGGAUUACAGCACAAGAACGGCUUUCCAGUUCUCCAUUUUAAAAGAACUCCUGACAGAUGAAAAUUAUGAAAAAUAUAGCGAGUACAUACACUUUUACAAAACAUUUGUGAAGCAGUGGUUAUUUGAUCAAAUUGUCAAGCAACUCUCAAAAGAGAGCAGACUGCAGAAAAUGGAGAACAAACAUCUUUCAAAUAUAGUCCGGAAAAUUACUGAUAACAUUUCAACUGUCAGUAAAGCAGCUAGCACGGUAAACAACAUUAAGACGUUCAUUGGGAUCAUUUGCAAUAUGUUGGGAGAGGAUCUCGCCUUUCCCAAGGAUGCUUUGGAUUCCAUUAUGAUUCUGAACACGAGCACCGCAAACACAGAACAGUUUGCUAAGUAUCUCAAAGAGUUUGUGAGGGAAAUGGAGAAGUCACUGGCAUCUGUUUAUGACCGGAAAACUGACCUUAGAUACAUCACAAAAAGGCUCAGACUUCUGCCAUUCAAGCCUCAAGACAAGAUGUUCACCAGUCUGUUUGGCUGUGGGGAGGUAUGUCCUUUCUGCAAAGCACCCUGUGAAGCAGGAGGUAAGGAGCAUACCAAACACUUCACCUCCAUUCAUCGUCCAAAAGGGCUCAGUGGUUGGGUGAAUAAGCAGUCAAAUGUGUUAUUAACUAACAUAUGCUCAUCCUCCGUGAUAGGCAAUGGGCUGUUCAUUAAUGGUCUAACAGGAGAUGAUGGUCACCCUUACAAGAAGUACCAGACAUACUAUCCUGACUGGAUCAUAACUGGAGACACCAGUAUUGAGGCUUCAGACUAUUGGAAGUAUGUGAUGGCCAUAUUCAAUGAGAGAAUUGCUAAAGGCACUGACUCACUUCCUGCCGAUAUCCCAAAGGACUGGAACAUUUUAACAGCUGAGGAUGCAAUGAAGAGUUUGAAGGGCUCAUUCAAUGUGAGUGAAUAGGGGAAAUCUAUAAUGAGGCUCUGAAUUGUAGUCCAAAUAUAUUAUUGGCCGUUAAAACAUGUAUUAAGUUGACAACCACAAAUACCUCACACAUGGUAUAUCACAGAAUCAAAAUAUGAGGAGCCAGUUGUUUUUUGCAAAAAACUGUGCAUAUCUGACAAUACCAAAUGCAAUUUUGAAAAUAACUGCAGCACAGAAAAUAAUAUUUGCAAAUACAAUUCAUAAACUAUGACUUCUGCUAUUUACAGAUCAGAUGUUCUAGAAUGGAAUAGCUUUCACUUUGAAUAUACACUUAGUAUACCAAACAUUAGGAACACCUUCCUAAUAUCGAGUUGCACCCCCUUUCUUUUGCCCUCAGAACAGCCUCAAUUCGUAGUGGUGUGGACUCUACAAGAUGUCGAAAGCGUUCCACGGGGAUGCUGGCCCAUGUUGACUCAAAUACUUCUCACAGUCAUGUCAAGUUGGCUAGUUGUCCUUUGGGUGCUGGAUCAUUCUUGAUACACACGGAAAAUUGUUGAGGGUGAAAAACUCAGCAGGUUGCAGUUCUUGACAUAAACCGGUGC